GUCGUUUUGUUGACAUUAGUUUGUGAAAGACAAAAACGCUGGACGCACACACGCACGGGAUGGUGUGAUUUUGGAAAGCCACUGACAAAGCGCUGGACAGACUGAUGAAAGCUGUGUGGAGGUUAAAGCCGAGUGUCUAUGUUUGCUUUGAUCGACGUUAACUACAAAGAAGUGAGCAAGUGCAGCAUAUGGACGGAGCAAGACGGGAACAAAACAAACCGUUGACACUCAGACGACAGUGGCUGAAUCACGCUGGCUAGUCAGCUAUCAUGCACCUGGCUUAGUUGGCUUGUGUAUAGAUUUUGUAUUUAUUAAUUACCCGUAGAAUUCCCGUCUACUUAGUUUUAAACUAUUUACGUUGUGUCAUGGUAGUGUAGAAUUAUCCAAGCGCCGUCCGUCUGAGUAGCAACUUAGCAUGCUAGUGUUAGCUGCAGCUAACGUCACCCUCACUUAAAACCGCUUGAGCUGCUGUGUUAGCAGCUACAGCAUGUAUCUGAGGUUCAGAGGCUGCAUUUGUUUUAGGUGCAGCGUUUAAUUCAAGUAGCUCGUCAGCUGAUAGAGAGGGAAACUUCAAGAAUGUGAAGCACAAUGGCCAACUUUGAAGCUUACCGUGAGUACCAGAGGAUUGAGAGCGGUGAGGAUGACUCGCCACCUGGGGAGGAGGAUUUACUGCUGCAUGUGCCCGAAGGCCUGAAAGAUUCAUGGAGCCAUAUCAAGAACCUGGAUAAUUUCUUCACAAGGAUCUAUAAUUUUCAUCAGAAGAAUGGCUUUGCUUGUAUGAUGCUGUCUGAGUUCUUUGAACUUAUUCAGUUUCUGUUUGUCGUCAUAUUCACAACCUUCCUUGUCAACUGUGUGGAUUAUGAUGUCCUGUUUGCCAAUCGAGCCGUUAACCACACCGAGCCAGUUCACAAUCCAUUGGACAAGAACAAAGUCACUCUUCCAGAUGCCAUCCUACCUGGCCCGGAGUGCACUCAGAGGAUUCAAGGGAACAGCUGGAAUAUAUUUCUUCUCAUCAUGGCGGCCAUUUUCUGGAUCUAUCGUCUUGUUAAAGUCUUUCGCAAUUUUCUGAACUACUGGGAGAUCAGGCAGUUUUAUGUCCAAGCACUGAAGAUCAGGAUGGAUGAACUAUGCAACUUCACAUGGCAGGAAGUCCAGGACAGGCUCAUCAGCUUGCAACAAGAACAGCAAAUGUGCGUACACAAGAAAGAGCUGACGGAACUUGAUAUUUAUCACCGCAUCCUGCGUUUCAAAAACUACAUGGUGGCAAUGAUAAACAAAUCACUGCUGCCAGUGCAGCUGCAACCCCCCCUGCUGGGCAAUGUGGUGUUCUUCACGCAGGGCCUCAAGUACAACUUUGAGCUCAUCCUCUUCUGGGGGCCCUGGUCUUUGUUUCAGAAUAAGUGGAGCCUGCACCCCAAGUACAAGCGGAACACAAACCGCUUAGAGCUCGCCCAGCAGCUCAGUAGAGUCAUCCUGCUGGUCGGUUUGGCCAAUCUGUUGCUAUGUCCCUUCAUCCUGGUGUGGCAGGUGCUGUAUGCUUUCUUCAGCUAUACAGAAGUGAUCCGCAGGGAACCUGGAAGCCUGGGUGCACGGCGCUGGUCGCUGUAUGGUCGCAUGUACCUGCGACACUUCAAUGAGUUGGAUCAUGAGCUGCAUGGGCGUUUAGGGCAUGGCUACAAACCCACCUCCAAAUACAUGAACUCCUUUACCUCUCCACUACUAGCUGUGUUUGCAAAGAACAUGGCAUUCUUUUCAGGCUCAGUGUUGGCUGUUCUCAUUGCUCUGACGGUCUAUGAUGAGGAUGUUCUGACAGUGCAGCACAUUCUUACUGCUAUCACUCUGCUGGGAGUGGUUAUCACCAUCACCAGGUCCUUCAUCCCAGAUGAGCAUAUGAUGUGGUGUCCAGAACAGCUGCUGCAGUGCAUGCUGGCACACAUUCACUACAUGCCAGACCACUGGAGGGGCAGUGCAAACAAGAGCGAGACCCGUGAAGAGGUGGCACAGCUGUUCCAGUACAAAGCGGUGUUCAUCUUGGAGGAGUUGCUCAGUCCUAUCGUCACACCCUUCAUUCUCAUAUUUCUUCUGAGGAACAAGUCUUUAGAGAUCAUUGACUUCUUCAGGAACUUCACUGUGGAUGUGGUUGGAGUUGGUGACAUCUGUUCCUUUGCAGAGAUGGACAUCAGACGCCAUGGAAACCCAACAUGGAUGUCACAGGGCCAAACAGAAGCCUCUGUGUACCAACAGGCUGAGAAUGGCAAGACAGAAUUGUCCCUCAUGCAUUUCACCAUGAAAAACCCACACUGGCAGCCACCGCAGGAAAGCUCAGUUUUUAUUAGCCAACUAAAGGAGAAGGUGAAGCAUCAUGCGCACGGUGGUCCGUCUACCCACCUACUGCUCUCUCAAGCUCCCCUCUGCACCUCACUGCAAUCCAUUAAUCCUAUGACUAUGCCUGAUAAUCUCCUGGCCAGUGUCAUGGCCCACCCUAUUCUGACUGCAUCUGGAUUGCAAGCAGGAGAGCCUCAUUUCAUCCAACCCAGCGCCGCUGCUGCUGCCAGUGUCCUGGCCUCUUUGCCCCCCUCCCAGCUGGCACAUACCAGUCCUGUCCGCUCUCAUGGCCCCCUGAUGUCCUCCAUGUCCCCCUACAGCACCACCUACCACAGUGAUCGCUCCGUCAAUGACAGUAUGAUUCACAGUGAUUCACUCAUGCAGAGAAAUUCACUUCCCCCUGAGUUGGUCUCUGCGGAGAUGAGCCUCCAUGCCAUCUACAUGCAUGAGCUCCACCAGCAGAGCUCUCACCCACAGAUGACUUCAGGACAGUGGCAGAAUGCAGUGCCAAUGAGAGAUAUACAUACAAACACAGGCCUCCAGCAGAGCAGCCAUGGUCCCAGCAUGUCCAUGCCCACCCCUGUCUCCCUUGGUGGCUGGCAAGAGGAGGAGGAGAAUGAAGAUGAUCAGGAGAGUAAAAGUGGAUCUACUUCAAAGCACGGCACUGGAAGAAGUCAAUGAAGUGCCUUAUCUCAUAAGUGUUUACAUUUUGCUUUCUUUGAACAUUGUGGCCUUAGAUGAUCUUCACAGAGAAUUUAGCAUGGACCUUUAAAACGUCAUCUGUUUAUUUGUGGAAGAGGGUCAUUGAAUAACCACUGUCUCUGCACCUCCACGACAUCCUGUCUCAUCAGGCGGACUAUGGCAUCAGGGAAACCAUACGUCUUCCGUCCAUUAUAUUGUGAGCUUGUCAUUAACUUGUACAGACAACUGCAAAGUGUACAUCUGCCUGAGAGACAAUGUAGCGAAUUCAUAGGAUCAGUUAGUGACGAUGGCCGUUGGCAAUUCUGCUCAGCCUCUGUGUGCUCAAUUCAAGUAUUUGUGGAUCAAAAUGUUUCAGAGUUGGUGUUUAACAGACCGUUUCACAAAAGUCCUGGUCUGUGCUAUAACGACUGCAAAACCAUAUCUUAGCUGCCUGAACAAUUUUAACCAUCCAAAAGAAAAAUUUAUUCAGUGUUUCAAGUUGUGCUGAUUUGUAAAUACACUUUUCUGUGUAACUUAUCCUUUAAAAGUCCACUUUUUUUUCUGCUAGAUUUAAUCCUUUAAGAAAAUUUACCAAGCAUUGUUAUGACAAAACUGACUGUAGAGUAGCCAUACUACUAAAACACUAUGUGUACCUGGCAAUAAAACAUUUUGUUACCUAGACAUACACUUGUUUUUGAUGCUGCUGUAGAUGCUGCUGUAGAUUUUAUUCAGUAUUAACAUUUGUACAGCUGAGUUUUCGAGAUCAGCAGUUCCUCCAAAAACAGCACUGAAAUUUGUGGACCAGGUACUUUUGGCAUCAAAAUCUUAAUUCUUUUUAGAAUGGAUACACGGUCAGCUUUAUGCCUUAACAGCCACAUAAAUGUGUACCUAAAUCCGAGUUUUACAGCAGUGAUGAAGAACAUCAAAUCCUCAAAUCGAUACCUCGGCAGUAUAUUAAUUCCUAUCUGAAUAUACAAUAUAUACUUGUCUUUUGCAAUUUACAGAUGCUCCAUUCAACUGCAUUUUGCAAUGGAGCAUAUUUUAUGUCCUUCUCCUGUUUCUUGUCCAGCAGUUAGUUUUUGAGUUAGAUCUCCCAGAAAUUAUUGUAUCUUAUAAAGAACAAAACAGAACAGAGUGGCAUUGCUUUUACAAAACAACAACAACAUAUUAACAUAAAAUCAAAAUUUAACAUCACCAUAAUAGCUAAGACAAAAUUGGAGCAUGUUUUGUUGCUUUUGUAGCUUUAGGAUUAAAUAUUUUAAACCUAACCUUAAGAACUUUAACCCUAAAGCACAAUUUCCACUGAAGAAUUCAUUUGUUAGUUUUAAGAGUAUUUAUUACCUGUUUUUCCUCCAGAUAUUUAAUUGAUAUACCAUAUAUUUUAUAUGUAUUAUUUAUUUUUGAUUGUUUUAAUUGUAAAAUAGCUUACUUUCACAAAGGUGUAUUAUCUAAUGAAUGACAUAAAAGGCAUGUACUCCCCUCACUAAAAGUAGGUAAGGUUGUUUUUAGAUUUUUUUUAAGCUCUGAUAUAAUGAUUUAUUGAUGCUGAGAAAACAUGCCCAGCCGCAUGAUGUUGAAUGUGAUUAAAACUAAAAACAAACUGGGACUAAUUUAGCAAAAUCACAGGUCACAGUAGUAGUAUAGAUCUCAUCUUCCUUUAGAGGAUACAGAUGUCAGCUUUUCCACUUUGUUUUUGUAUGGAAUGAAUGUGUUUGGACACUUGCAUAAUUAUGCUUAUACAAACUCUGAAUUUUGCACUGGAAAAAAAAAAAAAACAUCCACUUGCAUCAGUUACAACUCAAAAAAGACAUGGGACACCAAGUCAAUCUCCACCCAAAAGGAGCUUGCCUCAUUGUUUGUAUAUAGCAUCAGCACAUAUUGCAGUGUCACUGCAGAUCAUGUGGAAAACACUGUGGCAAAUCAUUAAAGGUCAUUCUUACCUCUGGUCAAUUCUAGUUUGUCCUGUAGGGGAUGAUGUGCGUUUCUGUCACGCUUCCAUUUGCUUACACCGUAAAUCACCAUUGUGUUAUUUUCUUCUGUCAGUUUUCCCAUUUGCAGCUCACCUUUGUUUGUUAUGUUAUUUUCUGCAGUGCCUUAGUAUUAAGGAUUAGCCUUUUUAUUCGAAGUUCAUGUAAACCACCAGAUUUGCUUUCACAGACUCAGCAGCACAUACUAUGUACAGUAUUUUUGUUUGACAAGUCAUUGUGUAUAGCAUCAAGUUUGUUGUGAAACUGUGGAUGUGGCUUGUAAGAUGAGCUACGACCUGAUCGUGAGACCUUGUGUCAAACUGUUGCAUCUAAGUUCUUCUUGUCAUUGUGUCUAAACUUGCACUUUGGAAAAUGUUGAAGAAGCAGGGUUAUGCCAUGUGUCAUCAUGGCCAAGCCUCUCAUCAUACUAUGGUUUCAUAUCCACUCUAUACCAGUCUAGCAGAGACUGGAACAAGGUGCUAAGUUUUCAUCCUGAACUGUUGAAUAUGUUUUAAGACAUGUUUUUUGUUUGGUUUGUUUGUUUUGUUGUGUAACUUAAAGAGACACUAUUAAACAUGCCAAAGGAACUUGUUUCCGGCACAGCUUUGACACAGAGAUGUGUUUCUUUUUUUUUUCCUUUGAGUGAUAAGAGAGGCAAAUAAAUAUUUGAGUGUAUUUAAUUAUUUCACCUGUGGUUGAUGUGAUGUUUAUUUAAAAUAAAAAUGCUUUUUAAUUUUC